CUAUAAUAAUCAUGGAACAAACAAGGUAAAUUUUAUUUUAGAUGCAUAGUUGUUGGAAAGGGAUCAGCCCGCAUCGAGUCCAGACCACUGAGAAUACUAUCGUAGAAUUGUCAGGCCUGAACCUUGAUUUAUUCCAGAGCUAUCCCGUUGAGAUUAAUUUUGGCAAGAAGGAUUACAUGAAGGAUUGUGAAGAUAAUCCCGGUAUAAACCUGAUCGACGAAAAGAACGUGAUCUGGACCUAUGAAAUAGGAAGCAAGGAUGAAGGCAAGCCCACUCUGCUAAUGGUCCAUGGCUUCGGAGCUUGCUCAAUGUUUUUCUAUCAAACAUGGGAAAAACUAAGUGAAAGCUUCCAUAUUUUUUGCAUCGACUUAUUAGGAUUUGGAAGAUCUUCCAGACCCAGGUUUACAUGUAAAACUUAUGAAGAAGCGGAAGAUUUUUUCCUUCUGUCUAUUGAGAGUUGGAGAGAGCAGAUGAAACUUGAUUCCUUCAACAUCCUGUGCCAUAGCUUUGGAGGAUACAUUAUGGGAAGGUAUGCUCUGAGGUUUAGUGAGCAUAUUCAAAAAGUUAUAUUUUUGUCCUCUCUAGGAGUAGACUAUAUUCCUGAGGAUAUUGAUGAAGGACUCAAUAACUUUUAUAAACAACUCAGUUACAGAAAAAGAGCAGUUUUUAAGAUUCAAAAGCAUAUGCCAAAGUUUAUCAAAACCAUGGCUCCAUUUUCCCCUUUGAGAGUAAUAGGUAGAGCUUCCAAAAUAUUUUUAAAGAAAGGUAUGAAAAGGAGAACUGGGAAUCUUCCAAAAGAGGAAUUUGAAGCGCUAUAUGGUCACUUAUAUCAGGUCACUCUCAAACCAGCAAGUGCUGAGAGAGCCAUUCACAUAUUAUUCACUAGAAAUUUCAUCCCCAAGUACCCACUAAUUGAAUGCAUCAACUCACCCGAUGGCUUUAAAGCCAAAGGUAUUGAAACUUGUUUUAUCUAUGGGGGUGCUGAUUGGUUGGACAUGAAUAUGAACGGGCCUAAAGUGAGCGAGGUACUCUCCACUGAAGGUCACAACGUACAUGUGAUCCCAGAUGCUGACCACCACGUUUUCUUUGAAAACUCAGAUGACUUGGUCAAAAUUGUGGUUGAAGAACUAACUCCUCCAGUCAGCGUUGAGUGAUUAUAA